AUGGAACAGGAACUUCGAAAAAAGGCGUUGCUUUCUUUUACAAAACGACGGGAAGAGCUCAUACACGUAUCGAAUUCUGUGCCUUCUUUGACUACACUCGUCAUUAGUGCACCACCACCUCCCCCGUCACUACCAUCACUAGGGUCAUCACCUAUUAAAUCUCGUUUUGUCAUCAGACUCAACAGGCGUUCUGUCUCAAGCUCUUCUGCCAGUGGAGAUGAUGAGGCUAAAGGGCUGCCCAGCGUCACUCUAAUCUCUCGUCGUGGCAAAAUCGCCCCUUCUGUGGUCCCUCACUCUUCCUCACCACCCCCAUCACAGCCACUACCAGCCCCUCUCCCGCCGCUACCACAGACAAAUAAAAAAUUCCACUUGGAUACCACAUUAGUGCGUCGGGCCCAAACUCCCAAUAAGUCGGUCUCUGGACCUUUCAAAGGCAAUGUACAGUCUUCCACCUCUGAAGUUGGCCCUCGUAAAAAAGGUAAAUUCGCUCUCGCUGCUUCUCUUCAGUCCUAUAAAAAGUUGGUUCAAAGGCAGUCUCUGCGUGUGGAGCAGCUGCAAGCUUUGGUAAAACGCCAGGACAAGCUUCUAUCCCUCCGAAAGCGGUCUGUAGCCGUUUUGAGUUCAACUCUUACCUCACUGAAGGCCAAACUGAACCAAACUACGAAGCUUUACCUAUCUGCGAGGCAGGCUGCUGUAAAAGCAAGCAAGGAAAAACAAUUGACGAUGGGUAAUUUGAUCAAGGCCCACAGAGAAUUGGAACAGAUGAAUGCUGCAGUAAGGCGGCUGUCAAAGAAGUUAUCCGUCGAUGGACCUUCCUCUCGACACCGUUCGAAACCCGUACAUCUUCCUCCCUCCCCUGCAAAUGAACCUAUUCCACAGGGUCCAAUGGAACUCGCCAGCUAUUUAGCUGGUCUAUUGGAUAAAUUAGAAGCCGCCUUUAAGAUUACUAGCCCACUGUUCCGGUACUUCAAUCUCUUUGCUCUCUCUACAAAUAUGCCCGAAGAGGUUGAGAUGACGUCACCAUCUCCGGAUACGAGAGCUUCUUCUCCUACACCCCCUUCACUGGAUCCUAACACACCUAUUUGCCCCUUUUACCUGAACGGAAACUGUGUAGAUAAGACCUGCUCUUUCCAACAUCCAACCAACUCCGCCGCUUCUCCAGUUAUGUCGAAGGCAUCACUCCAAUCCUGUGUGGUAUCAGCCUCCAUUUCUGAAGACUUGGAAUCACUUUGUCACGUUUGUGGAGCUCAAUUAAAUGUCACAAAUGCCAGGGCUCUCGACUUUUGCUCUUCUGUGCUCGACUGGCAUGUAGUCUUUACGAACUUUAAUGACUGGACGCCCUACCUCAAUCCACCUUUGGACCUGACAAAUGUGCAUGAUGUGGCCUUCCUCAAGCAUCACCUCCAUGCCGUCCUCGUUUCCACAAGCACUCCAGUCGCUGAUGCCUUAGAUUUUCUGCAGAAAACUAACUUUCACCCACAUCUCUUCUCUUAUGCCAUCAACUCUGCCCAGAUUUGUUCGUUAUCUGCUCGGAGGGAGCUGGUGCGGCAGUCCCUAUCUCUGCUGCUCCUACUGGCUCACGAGCAAGCUUCGUCCCUUACUGCCUCCAUCUUAUGCAUGAACGCUCUCCUCUGUGUUACUUACCACGCAUGCCGGCUGGAGUGGGAGGCGUGUGGUUCCAAAAUUGGUACAUCACUGAUCGAGGACCUCCUUUUGCACGAUCAAGCAGUUGCUCCCACCUGUCUGCCUCCUAAUCAUCCGGCUCGUUGGGGCCUUUGGUAUCUUAGAGUGACUCUUCUGCUUUCCACCACCUUUCCUCAAUCACUCGACUAUUGUCCCCUCUUUGAACCCGAAAAAUUGACAGCUCUUCGAGACAUCUUUCAGUUGGCGGUUCUCGACCUCGGUCUGUGCGGCGACUGUCUUUCAAAUCUCCUCUCCAGCUGCAAUCAAGAGGGCAUUCCUGUUUCCGACGUCUUUCCUGUACUCGCUUUCAGCCAUUUCUAUGUGCAAUUCCUCGCUGCUGUAGAUCUCACAAACCACUGUUCGAUGCAAACCACGUUCGCUUACUGCUUCGCCUGUCUCAUGCAGGAAUCAGGCAAAUCGGAGCCCUGUAGCAGUCUCCUCUCUGAGUUAGUCACUGGACUUAUCCCUCUGUCAUCACUAGAUGCGGCCUCUGUCUACUCCGCUUUUCGUAGGCUCCUGGGUUUAGCUGAGGAGAGUGACUCGCACAUGUACGACAGUAAAAACAUUGUAUACCUGUGGAUGUGUUUUGGCCUCUUCAGUAUGCUUCAUAAUUUUUCUUCAUCUCUCCUUCCCGAGUUCCUUCGUCACGCCAUCACCCGCUUGUCUGACUACCAAGAGGAAGCCUUUCCCUAUCCUCUUGUUGCCCUACUUUUCCACCUGGGUCUGGCCCUAGCCAACAUGCUUCCCACUGCAGAUGAAUACUCGGCUGCGCUGAGUGUUCUCUUCUUUCCGCCUGCUCUCACCGAGGAUCUAAACUUUCGUUUCAACCCACCGUCAUGGUUUCUCGAGGUCCUUCAAUCCGUUCGAGUGGACAAAUUCUCCGCUUCCUAUCCGCCUACUCCUCUGUUUACUCGCCUCCUAGACACCUACGGAUUCCGUACUCUAAAGGCGCUUUUCGCUGGUGGUGGCUUCCUGUGCAAUACUAAUGCACCUGAUUCUCUCCGGUGGUUGCAGAGCCUGUGUUCUAUCGCGAGACUUGAACGACCUAUGGAUGAGGAGUUUUGGUUGAUGGUCGCCGGCCUGGGUAUUAAGUUCUACCCUCCCAAACAAGAUGCGGGCAAGGGGCUUGCCAGUUACUUGGUCGAGUGUCUGGCAGACGCAGUGAAACUGAUGCCGCUAAGUAGCAAGCUGUGGCAACUCUACGCCCUAGUACUGAGGAACUGUGGCUUCAGUGAGGGGCAUCGGGUGGCCUUGGUGAAGCGAGUCGCGGCGUUGGCGGUUGGCAUGGAGGUGGUGGUGGAGGAGGUCUUUGCAACUGCUGGUGUGAGUUUACCUCCCGAGACUGCGAUGGUGAAAUCUCUGGCGUGUAAAGAUUUGACAGACUGGUGGAAUCAGUCCUUGUAG